CUGGGCCUCGCGUGGGGAAAAGAUCCAGUCACGGGCGUAGUCUGGUUAAUUUCCUCUUUUUGAUGGGAGAAAAAUCAACCUAAGAAUGUCCAACCUAAAGCUGAAAGAGGCUGCCCUUAUCUACCUUGACAGGAGUGGAGGCCUUCAGAAAUUUAUAGAUGAUUGCAAGCACUAUAAUGAUUCAAAGCAAAGUUAUGCCGUAUAUCGGUUCAAUAUUUCAAUAAAUCCAUCUGACAUUGUCGAAUUGGAUGCGGUUCUUGGAAAUCAUAUUUUACAUGAACCUUUGAAAGCUGCUCAACUUUUUCAAUCAGUUUGUUUUGUUGCUGUUAAAACUCUUUCCUUAAUCGAACAGUUACAGACUGAAACUCAAAUUAAUAUAGUGCUGAAAUUAACACAUUUGCCUCUUCUGCCAAGUUAUGGGCUUGACCUUUGUGAGUUUCCAUUUGAUUACCUCUGUCAGAGGUUUUAUAUGGUGCAAGGAAUAAUAAUUGCAAUGACAACAGUAACUAAAUACACACAAGGAGCAAGAUUCCUUUGUUCAGAUGAAACGUGCCCUUUUUCUAAAGGAUUUCAGUAUAUAAGAGUGCAUGUGCCUGGUGCCACAGAAUCUACAACAGUGAGAAAUGAUUUCUCAUGCAAUCUGUGUACCUCCCCACUUCAAGAAGACAGGAAGUUUAGAGUACUUGGUGAUAAACAGAUAGCUGAAAUAAUUACAGCAAAGUCACUUACUGCUUUUCAAGGAUGUCCUAACAAUCAGCCAGUGAGAUUUCAGUCUCUUACAGUUUUCCUAAGAGAUGAAUUAAGCAAUAAAAUCAAAAUAGGAAGUGAAUAUAUAAUUGUUGGAAUUCCAACUUGUGUUAAAAACUCUUCACAAACCGCUGUUUGUAUAGAGGCCAACAGCAUAAAUUUGUACAGUCCAAAAGUUCCUUCUGGUAUUACUGACAACUUCAGGUAUCUCCUGUCCUUGACUUCAAGCUCAUGCUGGAAAUUCACAGCUAUACUAGCCAACAUUUUUGCAUCACAGAUCAUUCCUCCAGGGACUUACAACAUGUUAAAACUUUGUUUGCUGAUGAGUCUAGUACAGACGAAUGAUAGAAACAAGGAAGUUGAAGAUUACCUGGACAUUUUAAUUGUAACAAAUGAUACCUUACUUGUAGACAGGCUUUUGAACUUCUGUGUGUGUCUUGUACCUCGAGGUAUACGUCAUCCAACAUCUAGUGAAAUUUUUCCCACCCUAUCCAGAGACAAAUAUGGAACUGGAGUUGCUAGCAUUCAAGCCUGCAGUGCCUUGCUAGCCAAAGAUGGCAUCUGCUACAUAGGAGACUUGUCAUCACAUAAAAAAGAUAAACUUGAACUGCUUCAAUCUGUUUUAGAAAGCAGAAGCAUUACAGUGUAUAUUCCUGGAAAGAAGUAUGGAGAUGGUGUUGAUCAGCAAGUUACCUUUUCAGUUCAGUCCAGUUUUUGGUCUUUUAUUGAUAUGGAUUCAUCCUCAAAGAGACAUGUGCAUAGAAACAGCACUUUAAUUGGUCAAGUGGAUUUCAGUUUAAUUCCAGCUAACCUUAUGGAUGCAUUUGGACUGUUGAUUUAUUGUAAUGAAUCAUCUCCUUGCCACCCAGUUCUUCCUUCUGUACAACACAGUUUAAAAAAAGCCAUUGAUCCUGAAAAGGUGCUUUAUGAAGCUUCUAAAAAGUUUACAGAACAAGAUUAUGAAAAGCUAAUUGCUUUUGCAAAGAACCUGCAUGUAGAGAUGAGUUUGGAGGCAGAAAAAAUGAUUCAUGGCUAUUACCUAGCAAGUCGCAGAAUCAGGACAGAUUCUAUACAUGGAUCAAAACUGUCAGCAUCAGCACUAAAAUGUUUAGUUUCUUUAUCUGAAGCACACGCUAGGCUGAGUUUAAGGAAUAAGGUGCUUAAAGAAGAUGUCUUAAUUGCAGUUUUAUUAUUUGAAACAUCUCUGACACUGAAAUAUGGGACUACUGUAUUUUGUAUACCUCCAAAUGCCGUAUUUCCAUUUGAACUCUGUGGCGAAGAACAUUUAGAGCAAAGAGACGUUUAUCUAAUUCAGUGCCAACAACAGCUUCAAGAAUUUAUUGCUGCAUACGGACCAGGACCGGUUACUGCUACAAGUGAAGAAUAG